ACAACUCAACAUGACCCUUUAUCUGUGUUACAUAAAACAACCCCCAGCUUACAUUUUGAUACUUUCAGUUUGUUUUAACUAAUGAAAUACAGCACUGUACAGAUGAGACAAGAAAAUAUGGAUCAGUCCAAGGAUGAUGCUGCAAAAACUGUUGUUCCAGGAAAACAAUCAACAAUGAUCUACAUCUGUGGAGAAUGUCACCAAGAAAAUGAGAUCAAGGCACGUGAUCCUAUCCGAUGUCGUGAAUGUGGAUACAGAAUCAUGUACAAGAAAAGAACAAAACGGAUGAUUGUGUUUGAUGCAAGAUGAAUGAGAAGGAACCAAACAUUAAUUUUCAUUUACAUAUGGUUGCUGACUUUGAAAUAAUGAAAAUUGCCACCAGAAGAAGAAGAUCAAUGUGGACAGAUCCCCUUCUUAAAAACCUUUGUGACUGUGAGAGAAAACAUUUAUAAAAAUAGAAAAAUCAAUCUCUGAUGCAAUCUUAUACAAUAAGAUGCUUUGUUCUUCAAUAAGUAUUUGAAAGAAUUUAAUGUUUUUUUUACUGCCUUCAAAGAGUGAAUAAUGAAUAUAAAUUCUAACACUUUGGUUUAAACAGUUAAAACAGUUGAAUGUACAAUUUUUUGCUCCAUUGAAAGAAAGACAACUUUUAUUUUUAUAUUUGCCAUUUCUUCUGAGUUCUGGUAAAUGCAAUAUCAUCUCUCAUACCAUGUCAUUACCUUAUUCAAAUGUUCACUGUCGGAUGUCAUUGAGUGAUUAGUGGAAAAGUUGAUAUGAAAGGAUGUGUGCUGUAUGCUACAGAAAAAAAUAAGAAAGGAUGAAUAAAGUGAUGUGAUCAUUUGA